AUGGUUUCGUCGUCGAUCAUGGGCAUCGCCGCCUUGGCUGCGGCUGUGGUGGUGGAGGCUCAGUCAACGACGGCAGCGGUUACGCCGUCUCCCAUCUUCAGCACCAUCACUACUACCCGUUCCAAGACGACGAAGGCGAAGGCGCAGGCCACCGCGGCUGAUGUUGCGGGGGCUACUCAUACUGUUGCUGUCGGUGCUUCGGGCUUCCAAUUCUCGCCUUCGAAAGUAACGGCGAAUGUUGGCGAUACGAUAGAAUGGAUCUUUUAUCCCGAUGGACACUCUGUUAUUCGGGCUGAGUACGGGUUUCCGUGUACACCCUACGAAUACAUCGACAUAGGUCGACAAGGUUUCUACAGUGGCCCUGAGCCUGUCAAAGCAAUUACAAAUGACAUGCCUCGAUACCGAGUCCGAGUCAAUGACACCGAUCCGAUAUUCUUCUACUGCGGUGCCCCAGGUUCAUGUUACAAAGAGAAAAUGAUUGGAGUCAUCAAUGAAAAUUCAACAGCAACUCUCGACGGACAGCUCGACGCAGCACUUCCCUUGACAACCCAGAUUCUCCCCGGCGAGCCCUUCCCAACCGAAUCGGACGGCCGCGGCUCCAACGGCCAAGUCAUCAACAACUACCAUCACACCCUCAGCGGCGGCGCGAUCGCCGGCGUCGUCAUCGGGUGCCUCGCCUUCGUACUCUUCGGAGGUGUCCUGGUCUACCUCUGCGGCCGGCGCGGCGGUCUCAACCGCGCGUACCGCCGGGCGUCGACACAUCCCCAAGGACCCUCGGCAGCGCAGGCUCCGCCUGUUACGGAGAUCAACUACACCGCGCAGCCCAAGAGCCCCGCGACACAGGGGUGGAGGAACAGCCAUUAUAGUCAGUUCAGCAACGUGUACGCGGAUCAGCAUACGCCGCUUGGCCAGUUUAGUCCUCCUGUCAGCCCUCAGCCUACCGGUUUCAUGCAGCACGGCUACUACGAUCACCGCGUAUCCUCAAUAGCGCCAAGCAUCGCCGUAGAGGCUCCCAACAACGAGGCCGUGCCGCCACCUGCACCGGAAGCGCCGCCUGUCGAGCUUCCGGCGUCUGAGGACCCGGGUAACGGGGCGCUGCCGGCUUACCAAGCGCGGUUUUCGUUUGCCGGGCAGGAAGCUGACUACCGCCCAAGCAAAGAGUGA